GGGAUCCCGGAUAUGGAUCAAGUUGAUUGAAAGCGCGCGGUGCUGCUGCAAUGGCGGCGCUCAGAAUAGCGACGGGUACUGGCAAUUGGUUUUCGGCUUUGGCGCUCGGGGUGACUCUCCUCAAAUGCCUGCUCAUCCCCACCUACCAUUCCACAGACUUUGAAGUACACCGAAACUGGCUUGCUGUCACCCACAGUUUGCCGAUAUCACAGUGGUAUUAUGAGGCAACUUCAGAGUGGACCUUGGAUUACCCCCCUUUUUUCGCAUGGUUUGAGUAUGUCCUGUCACAUAUUGCCAAAUAUUUUGAUCAAGAGAUGCUGAAUAUCCAUAAUCUGAAUUACUGCAGCUCAAAGACCUUACUUUUCCAGAGAUUUUCUGUCAUCUUUACGGAUGUACUCUUUGUGUAUGCUGUCCAUGAUCCAGAUAUUCAUUUCCAGUAUAAUGGUUUUUUAUUUGGAUUAAUGCUACUCUCCAUUGCACGAUUAUUUCAGAAAAGGCAUAUGGAAGGAGCAUUUCUCUUUGCUGUUCUCCUACAUUUCAAGCACAUCUACCUCUACGUAGCACCAGCUUAUGGUGUAUAUCUGCUACGAUCUUACUGUUUCACUGCAAAUAAACCAGAUGGGUCUAUUCGAUGGAACAGUUUCAGCUUUGUUCGUGUUAUUUCCCUGGGACUGGUUGUUUUCCUAGUUUCUGCUGUUUCGCUGGGUCCUUUCCUAGCCUUGAAUCAACUGCCUCAAGUCUUUUCCCGACUCUUUCCUUUCAAGAGGGGCCUCUGCCAUGCAUACUGGGCUCCAAACUUCUGGGCUUUGUACAAUGCUUUGGACAAAGUACUGUCUGUCAUUGGUUUGAAAUUAAAACUUCUUGAUCCCAACAAGAUUCCCAAGGCUUCAAUGACGAGUGGUUUGGUUCAGCAGUUCCAACAUACAGUCCUUCCCUCAGUGACUCCCUUGGCAACCCUUAUCUGCACUCUGAUAGCCAUAUUGCCCUCUGUUUUCUGUCUUUGGUUUAAACCCCAAGGGCCCAGAGGCUUUCUCCGAUGUCUAAUUCUUUGUGCCUUGAGCUCCUUCAUGUUUGGGUGGCAUGUCCAUGAAAAAGCCAUUCUCCUAGCAAUUCUUCCAAUGAGCCUUUUGUCUGUGGGAAAAGCAGGAGAUGCUUCAGUUUUUCUGAUUCUGACCACAACAGGACAUUAUUCACUCUUCCCUCUGCUCUUCACUGCACCAGAACUUCCCAUUAAAAUCUUACUCAUGUUACUAUUCACCAUCUAUAGUAUUUCCUCACUGAAGACUCUGUUCAGAAAAGAAAAACAUCUUUUUAAUUGGAUGGAAACUUUCUACCUCCUUGGCCUGGGGCCUCUGGAAGUCUGCUGUGAAUUUGUAUUCCCUUUCACCUCCUGGAAGCUGAAGUACCCCUUCAUCCCUUUGUUACUGACCUCAGUGUAUUGUGCAGUGGGCAUCACAUAUGCUUGGUUCAAACUGUAUGUUUCAGUACUGACUGACCCUCCUGUUGGCAAGACAAAGAAGCAAUGAAUAAAGGAGCUGCUUGGA